AUACCAGUUGUCAGAGGGAAAUAGUCAGUAUAGAUACGUGUUGAAUCGUAAGUCUUAUUGGUAAAAUAUAACUUAAACUUAACUUUUAGCAGUUGUAAUUUGAUUAGAUAUGAAACACAUAUUCUUAACAAAAUAUAAAUCACUUUUUAAAUAAACAUGACAAUGUAUAUGUAUUUGUUCAAUGUACUAUAAAAAUAAAACAAGCGGAAAAUGGUAAUAUCGCUCACUUUCAGGUAGGCACCUUAAGUAUGGAUAGUCUAAUAAAUUCAAGUAUCUCAGAUUAUCAUCCCUUGAUAUUAAAUAUCCUAUUGAAUCAGCAAAAAUUAAUGGAAAAUGUGACCCACUUAUCCACUAUGGUUGCUGAUUUUUCAGACCAAAUAAUCAUGGAAAAGCAUAGAAUUGCAGAAACAAACGAUCAAGAUUCAGCUUAUAUAGAAUCAUCAAAAUUGAAUGACUUAAGUACAUUUAUGACUGAUAAGUUUCAAACAUUCGAUAGAGCAUUAAAUGCUUUACGAAAUGAAUUCGAACAUUUUAAGGAAGAUUUUAAUAGUAAAAAUAGUGAAAAAAAUAAUUAUUCAUUAGAAUCUAGAAAAUUUGAAGAGGCGGUUAUUGAUUUUGAUAAGGAAAUAGAUUCAAAAACAUCAGAAAUAAUAGAUUUGAAUGAAAAAAUUAGGGUCCUUUUAAAAAAUCAAGAAGAAAAUAAGAAGGAAUACGAAAAUUUAAAGGCUGAUAAUAUUGCAAAAGAGCAAUUAUUAGUAAAAUUACAAGAACAGAAUUGUAAAUUAUGUGAAAAUACUACUUAUUUAGAGAAUGAAAUUACUAUUUUAACCAAGAAAUUGAAACAUGGUGAAAUAAAACUAAAAGCAAAAAUAAAAAGAAUUUCUUUAAUGAAUGAAAAAUUACAACAACACGAAAAUAGAAUAAAAAAUGAUAUUUAUAUUAACAGAUCACAUCAAAAUGGUCAAAUUCAAAUGAUUUAAUAAAAAGAACGAUAUACUAAUAUCAUUAUUUGCAAAAAUCAAUUUGAAAGAAAAUGGUCACUUUUUAUUCUUUACUAUUAUUACUCUUUAUUUAAAGAAUUAAAGUAAUGACUUUAAUGCCAUAUUUGUUAUAUUUGUCCUAGUGAGUUGAAAUAUUUAAUAAAGCACAAACGUAGACAAAGAUUUUAUAUAGACAAUUUAAAAAUUGUUAAUUUGUUUGUAGAACUUGCAUAUAGACUGUAGACUAUAAAUUUC